GUGCAGUUUUGUAUUUCAUUAAUUACAUGCUUAUUACAUUAUGUUUGCAGACUGCGACAUGAAUCCAUGUGAAAACGGUUGGUGUGAGGAGACUAUGACCGGAUAUAGAUGUCACUGCCCUAUCGGAUUUCAAGGAAAACAAUGUCAUGAACUUGACACAAAUCCACCUGCAACGACCCCGGGAAUUGUUGUUACCUGUGUGAAGGAUAUCACAGUAACCGUUGAGCUUGGUACUCCGAAUAAGUCGGUAGAGUUCAUCUCACCAUCGGCUGUCGAUAAAGAAGGAACUGUCGUCCUGGUCUCCCAUCAGAACUAUAAAUCGGGGGAUGAUUUCCCAGUUGGGUCAACUCUCGUUGAGUACAUAUUUGCUGAUGAGAGCGGAAACCAAGCAUCUUUUUGUACCUUCAACGUCAACGUCAAUACCGUCGAUACCACCCCUCCGGAGGUACAAUCCUGCUCUUCUAACCAGACAUUCUCGGUUCUCAAAACCACCACACCAAUCACUUGGACACCACCAACAGCCAGUGAUGCGUCUGGAAUUGCCUGCAUCGUCGCCAACUAUGAACCUGGAGUUAAUGUCUCCGUGAAUAGCCCCAUUAGCGUCAUCUAUACUGUGACUGACAACAGCGGCCUUUUAAACACAAACUGUUCUUUCAACAUCACCCUCGUAUCUGUAGAGACGGAAUGGGAAUGCACGUCCUCGAAAUGCUACGGCCGCCGCGGCGUUGGUACAAGUUGGCUAAAUUGGCAGAACGGUCACGAUUUCUGCCCAACCCUUGGACUGAUAACCACGGCUGCAGGAGACAGGACACCAUCCCUCCUAUUUGCAGAUACCGAAGAAGUGACGUCCGGGGUCGCCUUAAUGCUCAAGGGAAAUUCUGCAUGGAUUAACUGUAAUUACAUGGAAGCCGAAGGGCUGUUCAUGUGCGACGUUGAUGGAAAGGGAGCAGCUGUGCAGAUUAAUUCAACCAGUAAGUUUAAUCUCGAUAAUUAA